AUGGGCUCCGUGAUUAGGGAGCUUGGCAAUUUGCUCCAUGGCGAGUACAAGUUGUUCAAAGUAGCCAGGGACAAUAUCAUGUUUCUUAAAGCUGAGCUCGGGAGCAUGCACGUCUUCCUCAAGAAAAUGUCAGACACGGAAGAGGAGCCCGAUGAACAAACCAAGUGCUGGGUGGGCGAGGUGCGUGAGCUGUCCUACGAUAUUGAGGACAACGUCUAUGAUUUCUUGCUUCAUUCUGAACAUGAGUCCAACAACACCCCUCAGCAUGGCUUUAGGGGAUUCAUUGAUAAGUGCGUGAAUUUGUUGAGUCACUUCAGUUCAAAAUUUUCGUUUGGUCAUCAUCAUGAGACCAUAUACGAGUUUCAAGGCCUCAAGAGACGUGUUGUGGAGGCAAGCGAGCGACGCACAAGGUACAAGCUUGAUGGCGCUGUCUCGAAGCCAACGAACAAAACAAUAGAUCUUCGCCUUCUAGCACUCUAUGCAGAGGCGGCGGCCCUUGUUGGUAUCGAGGGGCCAAAGGGGGAACUAAUUCAGUUGAUGAUGGAUGAAAAAAGUGUGUCUGCAGGCCAGCUGAAGGUGCUAGUGGGAUUUGGAGGUCUUGGUAAGACUACACUUGCAAAUGAGAUAUAUCGCCAACUAGAGACCCAGUUCGAGUCUCGAGCUUUUAUCUCUGUAUCCCAAAAGCCAAAUAUAAGGAAAAUUUUGAGACAUAUACUUUCUCAAGUUGGUUAUGCCUGGAAGGAUACCAACAAGGAAAUAUGGGAUGAGGAUAAAUUGAUUAGGACAGUCCAACAAUGUCUUAAAAACAAGAGAUACUUUAUUGUUAUCGAUGACAUAUGGGAUGAAAUCACAUGGAACAUUAUCAGAUGCGCUCUUCCAGAAACCAUGAAAGGUAGCAGAGUAAUAACAACCACAAGAAUUGAUACUGUUGGUAUGCUGUGCUGCUCCAAUCACUCUGAGUAUGUUUAUAGGAUGAAGCCACUAAGCAAACAAGAGUCAAGACAGUUAUUUUUCAAGAGAAUAUUUGGUUCAGAAGAUGUUUGUCCUCCUUUUCUGGAAGAAGUUUCAGAUAAAAUUUUAAAAAGAUGCGGUGGCUUGCCACUCGCAAUUAUUACUAUAUCUAGCCUUUUGGCUAGUCAACGAAGCAAACUGAAGGAGCAGUGGGAGCAUGUACUGAAUUCUCUGGGCUCCAACUUGGAAGUGCAUCCCACCUUGGAAGGAAUGAGACAAAUACUAAGCCUUAGCUACAAAAACCUUCCACAUUAUUUGAAGCCAUGCAUGUUAUAUAUGGGUAUAUAUCCAGAGGAUUACACAAUAGAGAAGAGUGAUUUGGUUAGGCAAUGGGUAGCCCAAGAUUUUAUAAGUAAAGCCCACGGGCGAGAUCCGGAGGAUGUUGCAGAGGGCUAUUUUGAUGAGCUUGUCAACCGCAGCAUUGUUCAAGCCGUAGAUACAAAUUCUGGUGAAGAGGUGUUGUCUUGUAGAAUACAUGAUAUGAUGCUUGAUCUUAUUAUACACAAGUGCAGAGAAGAGAACUUUAUCACCACAAUAGACGAUUUACAUGAUAUGGCUGGAUUGCAUGAUAGGGUCCGCCGACUCUCACUCAAUUUGGAUGGUGUAAUAGAUGACACGGUCUUGGGAACCAUCCAUCUCUCACAAGUAAGAAUUCUAGCAAGAUUUGGUACCUCAGCAUACAAACCUUCUUUAUCACAGUUCAAGCACCUCCGGGUAUUAACUCUUGAGUUUGCAAGAGCAAACCAUGGACCUGUGCUACUUGACCUCACUGGAAUUUGCCAUUUGUUCCAAUUGCGUUAUCUAAAAACAUUGGAAUUAGGAGCUUUGACAAACUACGUUGUUCAAGUUUCACUUCCACCAGAUGUUGUUCAUUUGCGCCGGUUGUUGCAUUUGACUAUUCCUUAUGGAACCCGUUUUCCCGAAGGGAUUGGAAACUUGACAAGGAUACGUACUCUGAGAUACUUUGAUUUGUCAUGGAACUCAAUAGACAGCAUCAGAGAUCUUGGGGGUUUGACCAAUUUGAGGGAUCUUAGUAUUAACUAUAGCAAAUUUAACAGUGUGGCAGAUGCAAGUAAAAUACGUAUGGAUGCUUUGAGCUAUGCCCUUGAAAAACUUUGCAGCCCCAAAUCUUCUUCGUGCUGCCUUCUUCGGAGACUCCAUAUGAUGUGCAAGUUACCAAGGGUUCCCAACUCGAUCGGAGAGCUCCGUAACCUCCACCACCUUGAAAUUGAGGUUAUAGAGGUGCUGGAGGAUGAUGUCAGAAUCCUUGCACGACUGCACUCACUUAUCCACCUGAAACUGCACAUCUUCGGAACUCCUAAACAGGUCACCAUCUUUGGAAUGGGAUUCCCUGUUCUCAAGUGUUUUAGCAUCACGUGCACCAAUAUAUCAUUCCUGACCUUCGAGGAAGGGGCAAUGUCCAAGCUCCAACGGUUGGGGAUAAAUUUCAACGCACAUGGAUGGGAGCAGCUGGGUGCUCCACCUGUCGGCAUCCAGCAACUGGCAGGUCUCAAGGAAGUCGCUGUACAUAUUGGGGGCUGCCAGGUAGAGGAAUCUGACAAAAAUGCUGCAGAGUCUGCUUUAGGAAAUGCCAUUGCCGUGCACCCAGGUGGACCUUCAGCUAACAUCAAGUGCACAAACUCGUGGUUUUGUUUCGAAGACUUUGGACUGGAGGAUAUCAAGAUUUUGAGGAAUUUAACUAAACCACUUGAAGGCCAAAUGCCGGUGGUCCAUAUACUUGUGAACCUUGCUGAGAAAAGAAAAAAUAUUGAACCACAAGACAUAGAGGACAUAGAAGCCAAUGACAUAGAUGCUGAAACUAUGGGCACUAGCAGUUCUAAAAACAAGAAAAAAGGAGGUGGUAAAAGGGCAAAGCCUAGUCCAGAUCCUGAAGCAUCUAAGAAGACUUCUCCUACACAUGAUAGUCCAGCAAAGAACACAAGAAGUAAACAAUGUCCUCCGUCGAAGAGCACAAGAAGCAAAAAGAAGUUGUGA